CGGAGGCGGCAGGGAUGCGAUGGCGGAGUCGCUGCCCCUGGAGAUGCUCACAUAUAUUUUGAGCUUCCUGCCUCUAUCAGAUCAGAAAGAGGCCUCCCUCGUGAGUCGGGCUUGGUACUGUGCAUCCCGGAAUGCCCUUCGGGAGGAAAAGGUGCGGUACAAUAUCCCUAUGUCUUCGGCCUCCCUCCCAGCCAUCAAGAGCCUGGGCCUCUGGGGCAUCUCCUGCAUCAACCUGACCAACCUGGAUGGCUCACCAACUUCACACCAGGUGUUGCAGUCUAUUGCCUACCACCUGGGCCCCCACCUGCAGAGCUUGUGCCUCAGUGGGGGCAGCCCAACAGAGGCUUCCUUUGUGGCCCUGAUCCUCAGCUGCCCAGCCCUGCGUAGCCUUGACCUCAGUGGCUGCAACAGUCUCUUUGCUUCAGGCAUGCUGCUAGCUCAACCCAAGAUGGCACAGCAGGUCCAGCAGGCACUGAGCGGCCUCCGUGAGCUCAACCUGGCUGGCCUGCGAGACCUGGCCGACCUCAGCUUCAACCAGCUAAGCAGCUGUACCCCCAGCCUAGAGCGCCUCUCCUUGGCUUACUGUCAUCUCACCUUUGAGCUAGGCUCAGCCUGGGGCUCCAUUGGCCCCCAGGACUCCUCCCCUUCCCAACUCUCCUUCCACAACCUGCUGCGAUUUGUGAAGGAGCGGGCUGGUAGCCUGCGUGCCCUGGACCUGAGUGGCACUGGCUUGCCACCUGAGGCCCUGCAGGCCCUGGGCCAGGUGGCCGGGCUACAGCUGCAGGAGCUGAGCAUGCACAGCUGCCGGGACCUCUCCACGGAGGCUGUGGCUGCCCUUUGCCGCCAGCAACCAGGCCUUACCUCCCUGGACCUCAGCGGCUGCUCAGAACUGGCUGACAGGGCACUCUUGGCCGUGAGCCGGGGCCUGCGGCACCUGCGGCACCUGAGCCUGAGAAAGCUGCGGCGGCUGACGGAUGCAGGAUGUACAGCCCUGGGGGGCCUCCGGGAGCUGCAGAGCCUUGAUAUGGCUGAGUGCUGUCUAGUGAGUGGACAGGAAUUGGCCCAGGCCCUGGGUUCAGUUUGCGGAGCUCCACCCCCACUGGCCUCCCUCAGCCUGGCCUACUGCUCCUCACUCAAGCACCUGAGGGCCAAACUCGGAAGCUGAGAAGCAGGGCUUCUUCCCACAGCUACACCAAGAGCUGGAGGAUCACGCCUCAGGCCCUAAGGACUCUUCUC